AUUUUUUUUCCCCUCAUCGCCUGUCAGAAUUUGCCAUCGGGGCAAUGGACGAAAAAAGACAACAAAAAAAAAAGAUGAUUGGGAUCUUUCUUUUUGGGCCAGACGAGUCGACCAGACCCAAACAGGACUAGCGGCAAGCGGUGCCCCUCGAGCGACGGAAAAUCGACCGUGAAAAAAACCCCACCACGAGAAACUGGAAAGGAAAAGCGCCACUAAAUAUUAAUCUUCAUUUUUCCCCUCCUUCCCCUUCUUCUCCUCUUCCCUCCGUCUCUCUCUCCUCACCUGCCACUUCUCUCCUCCUGUGACUUCGUCCACUUCUUCAUACACCCGCCAAAAUGAUCAUUUACACGGAUAUCGUCUCCGGCGACGAGGUUCUCGCCGACACCUACAAGAUCCAGGAGGACCCCGAGAGCAAGCUCCUCUGGACCUGCGACUGCCGCAAGUACCUCAAGAAGAGCAACGAGGACUUCCAGCUCGAGGGUGCCAACCCCUCCGCUGAGGGCGGUGAUGAUGAUGCCGGUGGUGAGGGUGAGGCCGUCAUGGUCCACGACAUCGAGGACCAGUUCCGUCUCAACUGGCUCAAGACCGAGGAGGGCCUGAAGCCCUCCAAGGAUGCCUUCAAGGGUCACCUCAAGAGCUACGUCAAGAAGGUCCUUGCCAGGCUCACCGAGACCGGUGCUUCCAAGGAGAACAUCGAUGAGUUCAAGGCUGGUGCCGCCGGUGCUGUCAAGAAGAUCCUUGGCAACUACGACAACUACGAUGUUAUGAUGGGUCAGUCCAUGGACGGUGAUGCUAUGCACAUCCUGAUUGACUUCCGUGAGGACGGUGUCACCCCCUUCGCUACCCUCUGGAAGCACGGUCUCCAGGAGGUCAAGGUCUAAAUUCAGACACUGCAGUCAUGCGAAUAAUUGUUGUCAUGAAUUGAAAAAGAAAGAGAAGAGACACUGAAAAUGCGAUCUCUUAAUACGAGCAACCAAGGGUCCCCGGAAAUUAGCUGUCCAGGAGUUUGGACUCCUGGGUUCCCGCUAACGCGUCCCUUCUGGCUAUUGCUAAUUAUCUUUCCCUUCGCAUCUUGAUAUCACAUCAUGCUCCUGCGUCGCAUAUCUUCUGCGUCCUUCUUGAUUAAAGUCACGCCUCAUGAAAUCCAUAAC